GUUUGGGGGCCAAUACAAAAACAAACAUGACUGGGUUCAGGCACCUCAGGAGAAUUUCGGGUGUCAUUUCAAAGUUUAUUGCACCACAAAAAAUACGAGUAACACACUUAAGAUUUUCCUCCCAAAUACUGCAGGGCAAAACAGUCAGAAUAGGAUGUGCCUGCGGUUUUUGGGGGGAUACAGCUGUGGCUGCUCCUCAAUUGAUCUAUGGUACCAAGUUAGAUUACCUGGUGUUUGAUUACCUGUCAGAGAUCACAAUGUCUCUGUUAAUUUCAGCUAAACAUAAGUAUCCUAAUUUAGGGUAUGCACCUGAUUUUGUACAGAUUUGUAUGGCACCAUUCAUCAAAGAUAUCAAGUCUAAAGGUAUAAAAGUUAUAAGUAAUGCAGGAGGUGUAAAUCCACAGGCCUGUGCUGAUGCAUUAAAACAGAUUUGUGCUUCUGUUGGUGUGGAGAUGAAUAUUGCUGUUGUUACUGGUGAUGACUUAAUGCCUAAGAGCAAAGAAUUGAUGAACAGUUCAAUAACUGAUAUGGAUUCUGGUGAUCAAUUUCCUAAGACUGUACACAGUAUGAAUGCUUAUUUAGGAGCUGGACCAAUAGCUAGAGCUCUGGACCUUGGUGCCGAUAUUGUUAUCACUGGCAGAUGUGUGGACAGUGCUUUAGUUCUUGGACCUUUGCUGCACAAUUUCCAAUGGAAUAUGAAUGAUUUUGACCACUUAGCUGCUGGCAGUUUGGCAGGACAUCUGAUAGAGUGUGGUGCACAAGUAACUGGAGGAAUAUUCACAGACUGGAAAACAGUCCCUGAUUGGGAUCAUAUUGGUUUUCCUGUAGUAGAGUGCAGUUCUAAUGGUGAUUUUAUUGUGACUAAACCAAAAGGAACAGGUGGAUUAAUCAAUGAAGCUACUGUUAGUGAACAGUUGGUAUAUGAGAUUGGUGAUCCAGCACAUUAUUUCCUCCCUGAUGUCGUCUGUGAUUUUACACAAGUACAAUUAGAUGAAAUUAACUCAGUAACUGAUGAAGCUGCAGUGUUUGUAACAGGAGCUAAAGGAAAACCACCAACUAGUCAGUAUAAGUCAAGUGCAACUUAUGCAGAUGGUUACCGAUCUACAGCUGUGGCUAUCAUAAGAGGUCCUAAUACUAAGCAAAAAGGAGAGAAAACAGCAGAUCAAAUUAUCAAAAGAUGUAGAAGAAUAUUCAAGCAGUUAAAUUUAGAAGAUUUCUCUAGAGUGCAUGUUGAAGUUUUGGGUACAGAGCAAAGCUAUGGACCAAUGACUAAUCUACCUAAUGGCAGCAGGGAAUCAGUAUUGUGGUUAGCUGUCCAUCAUCAUCAGAAAAAAGCUUUAGAAUUCUUUUCUAAAGAAAUAGCUCCAGCUGGUACUGGCAUGGCUCCAGGACUUACAGGCCUGGUUGGAGGAAGACCUAGAGUAUCACCAAUAUUGAGACUGUUUUCCUUCAUGUAUCCCAAAAAAGAUAUUGAGAUAGAUAUCUUCCUAAAUGGCAACCAUGUUGAAAAAUUCGAACCUCAGGACAUUCCAGUAGCUGAGUAUCCAAAGGCAAAGGAACAGAAUGUAGUGGAUGAAGUAAUAGUACAGACAGGGAACAAGUCAUACAGGUUAGAAGACCUGGCUUACACAAGGAGUGGAGAUAAAGGAAAUAUGUGUAAUAUAGGUGUGAUAGCCAGACACCCAGCUAUAUUACCAUACCUAAGGCAGCAGUUAACAUCAGAUGCUGUCCAGAAAUACUUUUCUCAUUUAUUUGAUGAUCCAAGUAAUGCUUCUGUACAAAGAUACUACGUUCCUGGUAUACAUGGAAUGAACUUUGUCUUACCUGAAUCAUUAGGAGGAGGUGGUGUGGCAUCUCUACGAAGUGACCCUCAGGGUAAGGCGUAUGGACAGAUGUUGUUGGAUUUUAUUGUAAAGGACGUCCCAGAUAUGGAUCAGUAUUUGAAGGAAAUUAAGUGAUGACUAAAAGUAUUUUGAUUUAUGACUAUCAUUGUUUUAAUUGCAAUAUUCAAGGAAAUGUUUCAACAUGUUUGCUUGAGUAUUUGUCUCUAUUUGUGAUAAUUUAUAUUUACUAUACUUAUUUAGCAUUCAAAAUGCAUAUUAUUUGACAAUUAAGAAUCAACGAGAAUGCAAUCGAAUGACACAAAAAAUCAUGAAGAGGUCAAGAAAUGAUUUUAUAUAAUAUAUAUAAUUGUUUAUACACUAUAGCAAGAUCGAAACAUAAAAGUUAGAAAUGUGUGAAUGAAUUUGCCUAAACAGUUUUUAAACAUCUUCAUAUUUUUACACACACUUUUUGGAAAAUAUGGAAAACAUCUUUUUAUGGAAAUGAUUAAUAGUAAACUUAUUGAAAGAUAAGCUUUUGUUAAGUCUAUGUUUAUUAUUUUUUGUUGUUGGGUUUCUCCCAUCUCUUUAAUUUGUGAUGAAAGGUUGUAAAUGUAUUGAUUGAUACCCAUAAUACCAAAAUGGUAUGUGUAUGAAUGUUACAGGAACAAGAAAGCUCUGGUUAAACAUGAUAUUUCUCAACAUUGAAAAUGUUCUAAAAUUGUUGAAAAUCCAAACCUCAGGUAUAACCAAGUUACCGUUUCUUGACAUUUAAAUGACAUUAUCUAUAUGUUGUAGCAUUUAACAGACAAAUUGUUG